AUGAAUCUCACUCCAAGUGUUGACAACAAGUUCCCUUACCAAGCAAUGUUUGGGAAGUCACCAGAGCAAUUCACAAGCCUCUUACAAGUGUUUGGAUGUUUGGCAUGGGUGAAUGUACCCAAGGUCAAGCGAGAUAACAAAAAAUUGGAUCAUCCAGACUACAGCCCAACAAUUUUUUGGAGUAACUCAGCAAAGUUCAUGGAAUUGAAAUGUUGGUCAGACAGAACAGAGUGGCAACCAGUUGAUACACAAAUGCCACCAACAAUGACAACUGAAGAAGACAUUGAGAAUCUAGGGUAUAUGGAGGAAAAUUUAUUUGAUGAAGUAGAUAGGGAACCAUUAAUGGAGUACAUGGACAUGGAUCUAAGUUCAGAAGACAAAUCAAGUGAAAGAACAGCAAAAGAGGCCAAGCAUGAACUGGUUGCUGAGACCCAGAUCAAUGACAAACUCUUCAGACUUGUAGUGACACAUCCAGAAUGGAGAAGGAACUUGGAUCCAACCAUCUGUGAGGUGUUAGGUGGAGAGGAUAGGAAACAUUGGGAAGAGGCCAUGCAAAAGGAGCUGGAUGGAUUAGAGGCUAUGGGCACAUGGGAAAUCACCAACCUCCUGAAAGGAGCAAACACCAUUGACAUGCAUUGGGUCCUCAAGAUCAAGACUGAUGUGAACCUUGUACUGAUGAAGUCCAAGGCUAGACUUGUGGCAUGA